AAGACCGUUGUCAGCUGUGCUCUGCCGAUAUACGAAUAAAGGUUGCCACCGACCCCCUUAAACGCCCUUUUGCAAACUCAACUCCAACCGAUACGGCAAACAGUGGUUCAACAUGUGGUCCCUGGCGGUGUUUGUGGCGCUCCUGUACGCGGUGUGCGAUGUGAACUAUUUCAUCCGGACGUUCUUCACCGUGGUGCACUUGCUGCUGCUACCGGGAAGGGUCAAAGUCACGGACAAGCACACAAUUUACGGGUUCUGCACGACGCAGGAUGUGGACUUUCUGCUGAACCACAUGAACAAUGGGCGCUACCUGCGCGAGCUCGACUUCUGCCGGUUUUACUGGUACGGCCGGACCCGGUUCUGGCCGCUCGGGAACGCGAAGAACAUUCUGCAGGGCGAGUGUAUGGUGCGGUACCGGCGCAUGCUGCCCAUCUUCAAGGCGUACAAGGUGGAGACGCAGCUCGUCUGGUGGGACGAUCGGUCCAUCUACUUCGAGCACAAGUUCAUCACGCUGCACGAUGGGUUUAUCCGGACGGUGGCGUACUCGCGCCAGCGUGCCAUCGGCGUAAAUCUGCUCGAGUACGUCCAGCAGUUUCCCGAGUGCCGCGAGCGACCGGAACAGCCGGCCGUACUGAAGGGCUGGAUCGAGUCGAACGAGGCCAGCAGUCAGCAGCUACGCAAGUGAAGCGAUCGAUCUGUCUCGCUCUCUCUCCUUCUUUCUGACCGAUCGCCUGGUCAGGUAAGAAGUGCAGUCGAUCGUCCGCGUGUGUGUGUAACAGCGAAGACAAACACAUAACCAACAGGUUCGUUGGGCACCCGUUAGAGAAAGCGCAGGGUAGGUUUUCGUGGCAUAGCAGGCAUACGAAGCCUCAAUAGUUGUGGAACGGUUUCUGCUGAGUGUGCACCUGUGCAGUAGUCAAUCAAUCACGGUAAGAAAUUGAUUUUAGGUAAUUUAGCACCGAAAUGGGUGCUUUUUGCUAGAUAUAUCGUACAGUGUGUAUAAUUAACUGUUAACUGAACUGUUUGUCGUGUUAAACGCCACUGCAACUAGCCAAUAGGUAUCCAAGUAACCUUUGGAUAUGUAAACCUCCUCAUUUUGAGUGGGGGAUAAAGUCCAAAACAAACCGUGAGACAGCAUAAAGUAACGUGUAAUAACGGAGCAGUCGGGGAGUUGUUGGGGAUUUAUUUAUUCUCUAGUUAAUUUGAGCUACAAUUCAACACGAAGACGAUGCUUUCUCAAUGUUUUGUGUAAAUUUACAACGGAAACCGCGAGACAAACAAUGUGGAAGUGAACAUUUCAAUUUAUUCGUGACGUAAGCAACCGGUUCCGGUCUAUAUUGUCGACCUAUCUACCGGUUGUGGGCGCAUCUGGGAAACGAUAAAGCACAAUACAAACUUUCUAAUUAACUUAAUCAGUCCUAUACAACAAAUGUUCGUUCAUUUGGCUAUAUAAAUAUAGUUGCUUUGUAACACAGUGA